AUGAUUAUUUUAGAUAUUAGUAAUAUUGGGAGCAGGCUCUUCGACCACAACGGCUUUUUAUCAGGCGAGAUCAAUUUUCUGUUGAAAGAAUUCGAGGAGAAAAGAGGGGACGCAGAAGUUGAUAAUUUGUUUAAUACUAUCGAAAACAUAACGGAUAUUAAGGAUACUCACAUUGAUCAACUAAAAGAAACGAUAAAUGAGAGUCUUAUUGAAUCGAACCGACAAUUAAGUGAAGCAUUACAGUUGUGUGACCAAUUUUCUACGUUACAGGAGAAAAUUAGCAAGGAAUCGGAUAAGAAUUUUGAGAAGUGGAAAGAAGCCAGGACAAAAUUUAUGGAUGAAAUUCUUCCAAAAUAUUACGACAUUAAUAGAGACAUAGCAGAAAAGCAGGAAGAGCUGAAGAUAUUUUAUGGAAAUUUAGAGAGAAAGUUGAAUUGA